AUGGAUGACGAUUUGACAGAAUAUCCAACACAUCGUGUACGUUUACAACAAUGUCAUAUUUGUGGACGACAAUUUAAUACCGAAUCAUUGAAAAAGCAUCAAGCUAUUUGUCGAAAAGUAACGAAUUCAAAACGAAAAGUAUUCGAUACUGGAAAACAACGAGCCGCAGGUUCUGAUGUACCAUACAAAGCAACAAAAAGAACAGCACAGAUAUAUACUGGUGAAGUUCGAGCUCAAGAUGAUAGAUCGAAAUCAAAAUCGAAAACUAAUUGGAGACAAAAACAUACACAAUUGAUUCAAUCAGUACGUGAAGCUCGAGCCGUUACACGUGCUAUGAAACAAGGAGGACCAUUACCAGCUUUUCGACCGAGUGAAGUUCCAUCAGAUUAUGUUAUGUGCCCUUAUUGUCAUCGUAAUUUUAAUGAACAUGCUGCUAAACGACAUAUGCCUUUUUGUCAGACGCAGUACGAACGAAAACAUGUACCAACUUCUAGACCUAAUCAACAAUUUGAUAGAGGACGAACUCUUCCUAUACAAAAUUCAUAUCCACAAAAACAACAAUCGUCUCAUUCAGGCAUGCGUUCAAAUCCUCAUGAUGUUUAUAAUAAUGGUUAUAAACAUAGUAAUUCAGCUCCUAUGAUAGUGCGACGAAAUCCAUCUGAAUUACAAAAACCACCACCCCCACCACCUCCACUACCACCACCACCACGUAAAACAACAGGUGGUAUUUGGGGAGGCUUUAGAAAAUUAUUUGGUAUGGGUUCUAAAGAAGAAGAACCAAUGCGUGCAGGUCAUCAUUAUACACCCGAAGAUGAAUAUGAUUAUGAACCGCCCGUUCGUCGACGCGGUCAACAACCGGUGCUUAUGCGUACAGGACGUACACAAGAGAAUACAAGUUUGAAUGUACGUGCUCGUCAAAAAAAUGAUGAAGCAAAUCCAUAUAUACGUCGAGGACCACCUCCACCAGCUCCUCCUCCUUCAUAUAGUCAAAUACGAAAUCAAUAUGGUAAUAGUCAACAUAAUUCCACAAGACCAACUGCUGUUGGACGCCCACCACCACCAUCUGCAAAGCGAUGUAAUGAAUGUGGUAGUAUCUUUAAUAAUGCAUCCGCUCAUUUCUGCGCUCAGUGUGGUUCCAGACGUUAA